UAAAUUCUCAAUUCACUAGUUCUGGAGGCAGUUUCCAGAGAAACAGGCACAGUGUAUCGCGUCGUUGAAUGUAAAGCCACAAAGCUUGGUGUUCAUUGGGACCUAUUAAUGAAAUAGUGCUUUUAUCCUUGUACUUAAUAUUAAGAAGUUAAACUUCAUAUUUUAAAUUGAAAUUCAAUAAACAUUAUUAUAUUGAAAUUAUUUUGGAAUUUUAGUGUGUUGACGUACAAAGGGAAACGUUGACAUAAACGUUUCUUUCACAAUUAUUGCGAGGAAAAGCUAUCAUACAGGAAGCUUUAGUCCAAGGCAUGGCAUUUCAAAUUGACCAAGAGGCGCUGCUUAAAGCUGAAACACAGUGUCUGGAGAAGAUUGAACGUUAUACUCCUGAACAAGGUUACUGCAACAUGACGUGGGAUCUGAUGCUGUGUUGGGAAGAAGCACCAGCGGGCACCCUUGUUAGAAAGGCUUGCCCCAGUCACGUGAAAGACAUUAGCAAAACAGGGUUUGCUCUGCGUGAAUGCGGACUAGAUGGCAUCUGGGUUCACCCUGACGAUGAAAACGCUACAACCGGUUGGACCAAUUAUACCGAUUGUUUUAAAGAAGACGCAGACUUUGCAUCUAUAAAGAAUGAUCUGACAAGGAUUAACUUAAUGGCCAAUAUUGGAUAUGCUAUAUCCCUCGUCUCGCUGGUAGUAGCUGUUUUAAUUAUGCUAAUAUCAAGACGUCUUCAUUGUAAAAGUAACAGCCUGCACCUCAACCUUUUCACUGCCUUCAUCCUUCGGGCUGUGUGCUCGCUUCUCAAAGACGUAUUAUUUGUGGAAGGCUUGGGUUUAGACAAGGAUGUUAUUCAGCUAUCAGAGGAUAAAUUCAUCUUCAACGAGGACGGAGGAGCGCACUGGGAGUGCAAACUGUUAGUGACAUUGUUUAUGUACGCUCUGUCAGCAAGCAUGAUGUGGAUUUUCAUGGAAGGUCUGUAUCUACACAUGCUGGUGUACAAAACACUUUUUACUGAGAGAACCGGCAUUAGGAUGUACGUUUGUAUCGGAUGGAUAUUGCCCUUGGUAUACGUGAUACCGUGGAUUUUGGUGAAGCUGUAUGCUGAUAAUUCAUUAUGCUGGAAUGUAGACGAAUAUGGCUUUAACUGGAUCAUUAUGGGUCCGAUCACAUUCACAAUAGUUCUUAACUUCAUAUUCUUCAUCAAUAUCGUGCGAGUGCUGUGCAUUCGUAUGAAAACUCACAGAAACAUUACAAACAAAAGCAGCAAUCAACAAAUCAGAUAUUUGGCGAAGUUUGCGCUAGUCCUGAUACCCUUGUUUGGAGUGUUGUACAUUGUGACGUUAGCUUACCCAGUCGGGAUUGAUAUUCGGGCUGAUAUGAUAUACCUUUACUGGGACAUGUUCUAUAACUCAUUCCAGGGUUUCCUGUUAGCAGUUCUAUUCUGUUUUUUGAACGAAGAGGUUCACAAUGAGAUACGACGGUACUGUUUGCGUCAUCGUCGAAGCGACAACUUGUUUACUCGAACAUUUACGUUAUCAACCUACCGUAAAGGAUCCAGUAUGUCGCACACAUCUCAUACUCAUGCUAAUAGUGUUGUUCGUGGGAACAAACGAAACCUUGGUGAAAGCGACAAUGGUGUAAAACUGUAUACAAGAAACCAGGAUUCCAUAUCCAGCUCCUCCUGCAGCGAACGAAAACCCGGAGUUCAAAAAUCAGUCCGUUACCAUUUAGUCGAAGACAACGAUCAAAUCUAUCCACUAAUGGAAUAAAUAUAAACCUUCUGAUAUCCUAAUUUUUCGAAUACAGUGAGCUAUUUAUUACGUUUAACAUAUGUUUCCAACACGCUCCAAUUGGUGCCACUUACUUUUGUAUAAGCCAUAUACUACGGCUUAACUUUCUAGUGAUUUGCAUGUUUUAACAUAUUCUUCCGCAAAUCUUUGUUACGGUAAGAGCAACCAGGUGAUAUUACUUACAUGCUGUUUGAUUGGUGUGAGUAUUUCAUUGGUGUGUUUGUGUUUAGUAAAGGUUGAUAAGCUUUGGUAUUAUAGAGGCUAAAGCUGAAUUUAAUUGCACUGCACAAUCUUAACCAACACUAAGAUUGUAUUCAUUAUUAUUGAACAAGGCUUUCUUUCUUUGUUUCUUUUCUUUUCUCGUUAGAGAUAAAACAUGGAGCAAACAUAUAUACAACCAAAAAUUAAACGACGAUGAUUCGUUUUACGAGGCCAACAAAACAGGACUUUGUGUGCAGCAGUUCCCGUUCCAACUGUUUCAAGUUGUAAUGUGCAUGACGUUUCCACCCGCAUGUAAGGAAUAACUAGUGCAUGAUGUUACAAAACCAAAACAUGUUCAUUCGGUUUAAAAGGUUUUCGUUCCAUGCAUAUUUUGUAACAAUGUCGGCGAAAACAGGGGGAAUUGGUUGAAAUAAUUUUUAAUAUAUGUAACAUAGACACUGGAAAUAUAUGUGGGUUUACAAUUGUAUGAAAUUAUCUUUAAUAGCAAACGUGUUCUUCUUAGAGAAAUAAUAUGCGGACUUAGUCUACCGGUCUUCUUUUAAUUAUGUUUAGUAUUUUUUUUAAAAAGAAAAAUGUUUUAAAACUGGACAAUCAUGAAAUAUGUUCAUAUGAGGUCGAUAUUUUAAUGUAAGUACGAACAAGGAACGAACCCUUUUAAUAGUAUUUAAAUGUGCUUUAACAUUUAUAGUUGUUUAUAUUGUAUGAUUUAAAGUAGCUUAUCCUGCUACAUACUUGUUCACUGUGAUAGUCAGUGGUACUUUCAUCAUUUUCAACGUGUUAUAAUUUGUAAUAAACGGAUGA